AUGCCUCCGAUAGAGCCAGCUGAAAGGCCAAAGCUUACGCUGAAAAAUGUUAUCGGUGAUUUAGUGGCUCUUAUUCAAAACGUUUUAUUUAACCCAGAUUUUAGUGUCUUCGUUGCACCUCUUUUAUGGUUAGCUGAUUCCAUUGUUAUCAAGGUGAUCAUUGGCACUGUUUCCUACACAGAUAUUGAUUUUUCUUCAUAUAUGCAACAAAUCUUUAAAAUUCGACAAGGAGAAUUAGAUUAUAGCAACAUAUUUGGUGACACCGGUCCAUUGGUUUACCCAGCCGGCCAUGUUCAUGCUUACUCAGUACUUUCGUGGUACAGUGAUGGUGGAGAAGACGUCAGUUUCGUUCAACAAGCAUUUGGUUGGUUAUACCUAGGUUGCUUGUUACUAUCCAUCAGCUCCUACUUUUUCUCUGGCUUAGGGAAAAUACCUCCGGUUUAUUUUGUUUUGUUGGUAGCGUCCAAGAGACUGCAUUCAAUAUUUGUAUUGAGACUCUUCAAUGACUGUUUAACAACAUUUUUGAUGUUGGCAACUAUAAUCAUCCUUCAACAAGCAAGUUACUGGAGGAAAGAUGGCACAACUAUUCCAUUUAUCUUGUCCCUGAUUGCUGCAGAUACGUACAGUUUAGCCAUCUCUGUAAAGAUGAAUGCGCUGCUAUACCUCCCAGCAUUCCUACUACUCAUAUAUCUCAUUUGUGACGAAAAUUUGAUUAAAGCCUUGGCACCUGUUCUAGUUUUGAUAUUGGUGCAAGUAGGAGUCGGUUAUUCGUUCAUUUUACCGUUGCACUAUGAUGAUCAGGCAAAUGAAAUUCGUUCUGCCUACUUUAGACAGGCUUUUGACUUUAGUCGCCAAUUUCUUUAUAAGUGGACGGUUAAUUGGCGCUUUUUGAGCCAAGAAACUUUCAACAAUGUCCAUUUUCACCAGCUCCUGUUUGCUCUCCAUAUUAUUACGUUAGUCUUGUUCAUCCUCAAGUUCCUCUCUCCUAAAAACAUUGGAAAACCGCUUGGUAGAUUUGUGUUGGACAUUUUCAAAUUUUGGAAGCCAACCUUAUCUCCAACCAAUAUUAUCAACGACCCAGAAAGAAGCCCAGAUUUUGUUUACACCGUCAUGGCUACUACCAACUUAAUAGGGGUGCUUUUUGCAAGAUCUUUACACUACCAGUUCCUAAGCUGGUAUGCGUUCUCUUUGCCAUAUCUCCUUUACAAGGCUCGUCUGAACUUUAUAGCAUCUAUUAUUGUUUAUGCCGCUCACGAGUAUUGCUGGUUGGUUUUCCCAGCUACAGAACAAAGUUCCGCGUUGUUGGUAUCUAUCUUACUACUUAUCCUGAUUCUCAUUUUUACCAACGAACAGUUAUUUCCUUCUCAAUCGGUCCCUGCAGAAAAAAAGAAUACAUAA